CAGCAUAGAGGGUAAGAAUUACAGUUGCUCUCUGCUAAGAAAACAACACAGACCACAAUGUACAAGCUGGUGGUGUUGUCCUCCGUCCUGGCCCUGGUGGCCGCCAAGCCCAGCGGACUCGGACUCGGCCUCGGCCUCGGCCCUCUGGGCUUAGGCUUGGGAGCGCCGUGGGGAUUGGGCGCUCACCUAGGCGCCCCGCUGGUGGCUCCUCUCGCGGCUCCGCUUGCUGCUCCUGUGUUGGCCGCUCCUGUUGCUCACGCACCCGCUGUCGGCGUAGCCGGUCCUGCCGUGGUCGCCGCGCCCCUGGGUGGUGCUGCCCACAACUACAGAGGACCCGUGUCGCUCGCUCCCGGCCAGCCCGCCAGCAUCAUAGCUCAAGACGGCAGGCCCCUUGACACCCUCAGUGUGAACGCCGACCGCGCUGUGCACUACACCGCCCGGGUGGUAGACUCUGCCAUCGGAGGGCACGGACAUCUGCUCGGAAAGCGCUCUGCUCCUCUCCUUGGCGCACCGUGGGCUGGCCUGCCCGCCGCGCACGCGCUGGCGCCCGCCGCCCUCGCCCUGCCCGCCGCUGCACACCUCGGCUGGCGCGCACCAGUCGCUCCUCUGGGCUUGGGACCCCUGGGUCAUGCUGGCGUCUUGGGACCUCAUUGGUGAAAUACUGUGUAAAGAAAGUUUAGCAUAUUCGACAAUAUAUCUGCCUAUAGUUUAUAAAGAGAGUUACUCGUAAAAA